AUGUCAGUGUAUAAUCAACAAGUUACAAUUAAACAACAGCAUCAACAACGAUUAAAUGAAUUGUUGGAUGCUGUUAAACAAGAGUUUGAAUUUACAUUAAAUGAAGCAUCCAAUUUUAAACAAGUUAAAGAUGACUAUGAUUUAAAGUAUAAUCAACAAAUCAAUGAAAUGCAACAAAUUAGAACAACAGUUUAUGAAUUAGAAAUGGCUCAUAGAAAGAUCAAAGAAGCUUAUGAAGAAGAAAUCUUAAGAUUAAAGACGGAAUUAGAAAAUAGACUGAAAAAUCCAGGAAUUAUGAAUCAACCACCAACUCAAGGGUAUCAACCUCCACAAAUUCAAUCACAACCUCCAGUUCCAAGUCAAACUUCACAACCUCCACAACCUUCACAGCCAGCUCAACCACCAUCCAUUCAACAAGUGGCUCCAGCUCAAACUCAACCAACUACCAUACCACCAGUUAAUGCGGUAGCACCAAUUAAUGGAUCAAUUAACCCAAAUUUACAAAUAAUUGAUCAAAGUCAAUAUAUUGUUAAUCCAAGUCAAAAAUCUUUACACAUUAAAGAAAUUCCACCAUUCUUAUCUGAUUUAGAUAUUUCAAAAGCUAACCCAGAUUUUAAGAAACAAUUACCUGAUUAUUAUGUAUUAUAUAACCCAGCAUUCAAAAGAAAUUUGGAUGUUGAAUUAGUUCAUUCAUUAAAUCAUUCAUCAGUCGUUUGUUGUGUGAGAUUUUCUAAAAAUGGGGAAUUUAUUGCUACUGGAUGUAAUAAAACUACUCAAGUUUUUGAUGUUAAAACUGGUGAAUUAGUUGCUAAAUUAACUGAUGAUAAUAAUUCUAAUGGUGUUAAUGAUGAUUCAAAUAAAGAUAAAGAUUCAAAUCCUAAUGGAGAUUUAUAUAUUAGAUCAGCUUGUUUCUCACCUGAUGGAAAAUUCUUAGCCACUGGAGCUGAAGAUAAAUUGAUUAGAAUUUGGGAUUUAACAACUAAAAGAAUCAUUAAAAUUUUAAGAGGACAUGAACAAGAUAUUUAUUCAUUAGAUUUUUUCCCUGAUGGUAAUAGAUUAGUUAGUGGUAGUGGUGACAGAACAGUAAGAAUCUGGGAUUUAAGAUCAUCUCAAUGUUCUUUAACUUUAUCAAUUGAAGAUGGGGUUACUACUGUUGCCGUAUCACCUGAUGGACAAUUAAUUGCUGCUGGUUCAUUAGAUAGAACUGUCAGAGUUUGGGAUUCAAAUACUGGUUUCUUAGUUGAAAGAUUGGAUUCUGGUAACGAACAAGGUAAUGGACAUGAAGAUUCAGUUUAUUCCGUUUCAUUCUCAACCAACGGUAAACAAAUUGCUUCUGGUUCAUUAGAUAGAACAGUUAAAUUAUGGAAUUUACAAGGUAAAUCUGAUUCCAUUGGUAAUAAAAAAUCAAGUUGUGAUGCUACAUUCAUAGGUCAUAAAGAUUUUGUGUUAUCAGUUUGUCCAACUGCUAAUAAUGAAUUUAUUUUAUCAGGUUCAAAAGAUAGAGGUGUUAUAUUUUGGGAUAGAGAAAGUGGUAAUCCAUUAUUGAUGUUACAAGGUCAUAGAAAUUCCGUUAUUGCUAUAGCAGUUUCUUUGGAUAGUGGUGAAAAUGAAGGUUAUUUUGCUACUGGUUCUGGGGAUUGUAAAGCAAGAUUAUGGAAAUGGACUUUAAAAAAAUAG